AUGUCCUCGAUCCUUGCAAAAGACGGCCUAUCCGUCGUCCUCGGCGCCCAAUGGGGUGACGAAGGCAAGGGCAAGCUUUCCGAUAUCCUUUGCGGUGAAGCUGAUGUCUGUGCUCGUUGUCAGGGUGGCAAUAAUGCUGGCCAUACCAUUGUUGUCAACGAUGUCAAGUAUGACUUUCACCUUUUGCCUUCUGGUUUGAUCAACCCUUCUUGCAUUGCCUUUAUUGGCACUGGUGUGGUCGUUCACUUGCCUGCCUUCUUUGAUGAAUUGGAGAAGCUUGAAUCCAAGGGUUUGAACGCUGAUGGUCGUCUCUUUAUCUCGGAUCGUGCUCAACUUGUCUUUGAUUUGCACCAAAUCAUUGAUGGUCUUAAGGAAGUUGAACUUGGCCGUGGCAGCAUUGGUACCACCAAGAAGGGCAUUGGCCCGGCUUAUUCCUCCAAGGCCUCGCGUGGCGGUCUUCGUGUGCACCACUUGUACAACUUUGAAGAAUUUGCCGACAAGUUCCGUGUCAUGGUCGAAAACAAACGCAAGCGUUAUGGUCACUUUGAUUACGAUGUUGAAGGUGAACUUGCUCGUUAUCGCCAAUUCGCUGAACGCCUUAGACCCCAUGUCGUCGAUGGUGUCGCCUUUUUGCACAACAAGAUGAAGGAAGGCAAAAAGAUCCUUGUCGAAGGCGCUAACGCUCUCAUGCUUGAUAUCGACUUUGGCACCUAUCCUUACGUCACUUCUUCCAACACUGCUGUUGGUGGUGUCUGCACUGGUCUUGGUAUGCCUCCUACCACCAUCAAAAAGGUCAUUGGUGUUGUAAAGGCUUAUACUACUCGUGUUGGUGGUGGUCCUUUCCCUACUGAACAACUCAACGAUGUUGGUGAAUACCUUCAACGUGUUGGUUUCGAGUUUGGUGUUACCACUGGCCGUAAGCGAAGAUGUGGUUGGCUCGACAUGAUGGUCGUCAAGUACUCGUGCAUGAUCAACGGUUACACCAGCCUCAACAUCACCAAGCUUGAUGUCCUUGAUCAGCUCCCUGUUAUCAAGAUUGCCACUGGCUACUUGCUUGAUGGAAAGCCUCUUGAAUCCUUCCCCGCCGACUUGAAUUGCCUCGAUCGCAUCGAAGUCCAAUACAUUGAAGUACCCGGUUGGGAGACCGAUAUUUCAAAAUGUCGCAAGUACGAAGAGUUACCUGAGAAUGCCAAGAAAUACAUCGAGUUGAUCGAAAAGGAAUCGGGUGUUCCAGUUGAAUGGAUUGGUGUUGGCGCAAGCCGUGAUGCUAUGAUUAGAAAGUAG